AUGACAUGCACAGAAAGAGCAAUGGAUACUGCUUCAUCUGGAGGAUUCCUUGAUAUUGUGAUGUUUCUCCAUGAAAAUAGAACUGAAGGGUGCACAACCAAGGCCAUGGAUGAUUCUGCAGCUCAUGGUCAUUUGGACAUUGUCAAAUUCUUACAUGAAAAUAGAACAGAAGGAUGUUCAUCAUGUGCAUUUAAUUCAGCAGCACAAAAUGGAUUCCUGGACACUGUAAAGUUCCUCCACAAGUAUUACCCAGACCUAAACUGCAGCGCAAAAGCACUCUAUUAUAAUGCAUCAGAUAUGGUUCAAUUCCAUGAUGUUCUUGAAUUCCUCUUAACCAACAAGAUGACAUUCGCAUCUCAUAUUACAACAAAGAUUCUAAUAGAAUAUAAAUAUCAACACUAUUAUGAAUGUCAUUCAUUAUUAAAGAAACAUUUUAUCUCUUUAAAUCAAUCUAAAAAAUAA